AUGGCGGUCUCCGAGAAGGCUCUCCCGCUAGUGUAUUCGGUCACUAUCCUCCUAUUCUUUGCCCUUGUGGCAGUUGGCCUCCGGCUUCACGUCCGGGCGGUGUUACUGAAGAACACGGGGGCGGAUGACUGGUUCUGCUUGGCCGCGAUCUGCCUCUCCGUCGCGACCUACAUCGCGAAUAUGAUCGCGGUUGCGAUUGGCUUUGGCGACCCUUUCCCGAGUCUCACUCCUGAGGCCGGUAUUCGCAUCAACCAGGCAAUGUGGGUGUCACCAGCUCUGUGGGGACUAUCAACAGCACUGGUCAAGAUGUCGAUCGUCGCAUCGUAUACGCGAAUCUGGUCCACCAAGGGCGUCCUGCUAUUAUGCCGGACACUCCUUGCGGCGCUGACCGUUUUUGGCCUCACCCUCUUCUUCGGCGAGAUCUUCGAAUGUGUCCCUAUCAAGCUGUCCUGGGGGGUGCUGGACGGCGACGGGCAUUGUAUCGACAAGACCAUGUUCAUGUUCGUAACGUCGAGCUUGAACAUCGCCUUCGACCUGCUCAUCUUCGCCAUACCGGUGCCCCUGAUACGCAAGCUGCAGAUCGCCAAGCAGCAACGCAUUGCUCUGACAGUGGUCUUCACGAUCGGUGCUGUCGCCUGCGUCGCCUCCGUCAUGCGCCUGGUGUCCAUCUACCGACUCUCCACCGCGCACGACCCCUCCACCGCCGGCGUCAACCUGGGCGUAUGGUCGGGCGUCGAGAGCAACCUCAGCAUCAUCUGCGCGUGCCUGCCGACCCUGCGACCCAUGCUCACGCGCGUGUUUCCCAAGCUGCUGGCCACGGUGGCAGGCAGCACGGCGCGCAAGACGCGCACCUUUGACGAUCAGGGGACGUACCGCAUGCAAGCGCUGCGCUCCCAUGACGGGGGCCCGAGACACGCACCGGCCAUCGAGAGAAAGUAUGCGGACCCCGAGGCUGCGAGGGCGGUGCCGGUAACGGAUGUAUCGGGAGAUGGGCGGUGGGAGGAGUACAAUGAGAAGACCUCUGGAACGUUUGCGAAUGGUCACGAAACGGACCGGUUCAUAAGAUUCAGCGAGACCUCGUCGUCGACGCUUGUGACGCCACCCUGUGUGAUGGUGCUGCCGAAGAACUUCAGCCAUCCCAGGUUUGAGGAGCGCAGUUGA